AUGGUAUGGGCAUGCCUCGCUUCCUGCUUUGGUGCAUUGGAGUACUGCUGCAUUUUCUUGUGGGUUAAGCUUCAUAAGCUCAAAAGGGUACACAGAAAACACAGAAGAGAUCUAGACAUUGAAGAAUUUGAUGAUGAUGAUGAAGAAUAUGAUGAUGAUGAAAGGUUUUCAUAUCAUGCUCCCAUGGAUUCAAGUGGCAGGUCCAUAUCUCACCGAUGGAGGGAUCACAGAGGUGCUCGCUUGAGGAAGUCUUUGCGGCCGAGGAGUCAUCGUAUACAAGUAGGUAUUAGUGGGGAUUCAAUUCAUGGUGGUAGAGGAAAUCCUCUUAAGCAUGGGAGUCAUAUUAAGGCUAUUGAUCAUGAUGACAUUAGGGUAAUAAGGACAUCAAAGUUUGCGCACAAAGGAAGAACUUAUAUGGGAGGGGUUCAUCACAGGCAUAUAUAA